AUGCGAAAUUCAAGAGGCGUAUGGGGCACGUGCAAAGAGUAUCGGGAAAAUCUUGACACAAAAACACCGAUAAAAUUCUUAAGUUCCGUUUAUGAUCAGAUUGAUAAAAAGGGCAAAAAAUCAGAUGUAAAACCUGAAAAUCUCACUGUCAGUGUAGGGAAAGCCAAGAACCCUAAUUAUAUUUUGAACAAUAACAGGGUUAUCUCUCCUGUUAUUGGUGUUGCUGGCUGGGGAAUUGGUCUCAAGCUUGGAAGUGAAUCAAAAGGAGUUACUUACUCCCACCACCACCGUAACAUUGGAAUUGCCCUCUUCUGCCUUGCAACUGCUCAAAUUUUUGCAUUGUUCUUAAGACCAAAGAAGGACCACAAGUAUCGAUUUUACUGGAAUAUUUAUCACCACGGUGUUGGAUAUGCAAUACUGGUCCUUGGCAUCCUCAAUAUUUUUAAAGGUCUGGACAUCUUGAAUCAUGCAGAAAAGUGGAAAACAGUUUACAUCAUUGUGAUUGCAGUCUUGGGUGGGAUCGCUGUACUGUUGGAAGCGAUUACUUGGAUUGCGGUUAUCAAGAGAAAAUCUAAUAAGUUGACGAAGCCAUAUGAUGGAUACAACAACGGGCAAGGCGGGCAACAGCCACUCCCUCUUUAUGUUAUGAGGUUUAUCUAUUUUAGAUCUUUCUCACAUACUCCCUCGAUGCCAGUUACUCCCAAAGUGUUUCUUCUAAGGGCCUUGCUUCUUGGCGGUUGAACAAGGAGGGCUGGAAGGAUUUGGUAUUUUUUUAGGGAAGGGGUUGUUAUAUCUAGACUCUUGAUUUCUUUUUCUGUAGGAACUGAAAGGCUGAUUUCAGUAUAGCCUAUUCUUUUCUGCUUAAUGAUGAUGCCAUUUG